CUCACAUAAUUCAAACCAUCUAUUUCAUCAUCUGCUCUAGUCAAUUGUAUGUGCCUGACUCUGAUCAUCUACUCCGUAGUAUUUACUCCAUUCUUAUCUCGUCGCAAUGGCCCUUGCGGCUCUCCGUAGAGCAACACCGCUGACUUCCACGUCCUCGCGAUUGCUCUUCGCCAGAACUGUCCAUUCUCCCAUCAAAAUGAGCCAGAGAUCAUUUUCUUCUUUCUUGGUGUCUCCGAAGGAGCUCUCAGAAGCUUUAUCGCAGAAUGCUCCGACCAAGAUCUCUACUGCACCGCGUGUGAUUCCUCUAUGUGCCUCGUGGUUUAUGCCCAAUGACCCUCAGAAGCGAACCGGUCUGCAGGUCUUCAAGGAGAAGCGGGUUCCUUGGGCUCGGUUCUUUGAUCUUGAUGCUGUCAAAGAUGAUAAAUCGCCCUAUCCGCAUAUGCUGCCCUCGGCGGAACAGUUUGCGGAGGCAAUGGGAGCUCUAGGUCUACACCAGGACGAUGCCCUCGUUGUCUAUGACUCAGAAGACGGUAUCUUCAGUGGUCCCAGAGUAGCAUGGAUGCUCAAGAUAUUUUCUCAUCCCAACGUCCAUCUUCUCAACAAUUUCAAAUUGUGGGUGGAACAAGGAUAUCCUACAGACUCCGGAGAAAUCGAGCCAUGGGAGAAAACCGAAUAUCCCGUCCCAGCGUUUGAUUCGUCAAAAGUCGUCUCUUUCGAACAGGUCAAGGAGAUUGCGCAAGAUUACAACAAAGAGGGUAGCGAGGGAAUACAGAUCCUAGACGCCAGACCAUACGGAAGAUGGGCAGGCACUGCGCCCGAGCCAAGACCAGGACUGUCUUCCGGUCAUAUUCCUGGGUCGAUCAGUCUGCCUUUUCCAGAACUACUCGAUCCUCAAAACAAGACGCUGUUGGGGAAGGAUGAACUCAGGAAAAUAUUUGAGAGCAAAGGAGUCGACCCAGAAAAGUCAAUUAUCAGCAGCUGUGGCACUGGUGUCAGCGCUGUUAUCAUCGAUGCUGCGCUUGAGGAAGCUGGAUAUGGUGAUUCAACAAAACGUAAAAUCUAUGAUGGAAGUUGGACUGAAUGGGCGCAGCGAGCUACGGAGGCAGAGGGUCUUAUCAAAAAGGAGAGUGCUUAAUUUGAUGCGCCAGUCCCCGAUGCUACAAGUAUCUUCAAACAUUCUUCGAUGUUUGCAAUUCUAGCGAAUUUCAGCGGCUCUUUUUUCAAAAUGCUGAUGUCAAAUGUCUUGACUCGAUUUGCUUUCCGGAUCGAUUUCGGACUCCUGCUUUUCUUUUUAUUUCAGGGUUAUGAGGUGCAUUGAAAUUUUGUUGCUCGGCG